CGUCAUAUUUUUACCCGCGUUUGUUGAACGGCCCCUUUUGUUUGGCGGGACUGCGUUAUUAGGAGUCUAAAAGCAGCAUCUAAUCGGCACUAUGCAGUUUCUAGGCAGUAGAAAGAAGAAUAGCAUUAACCCUCUGUCGGAGCUCUAUGGGCAGCACCUGCAGUUUUAUGGACAGCCUCCUCUUGAAAACAUCUCUCUCUCUGAAUUUGAAACAUUUGCUGUGGAACGACUGAAGUUGUUGAAGACUGUGGAGAACUUGGGCGUGAGCCAUGUCAAGCUUACAGACCAGUAUAAAGGCAAACUUGAGAGUCAGCUUAGAACUCUGAACUUUCCUUACAGACCAGAUGCUAAUGACAAGAAAUCUCAAAGUGGACCAAGUGAAUAUGAAAAACGAAGAAAAGACCAUAUCUCCCACUUCAUUCUCAGACUGGCCUACUGCCAAACGGAAGAUCUGAGACGCUGGUUUAUACAACAGGAAGUUGAUCUUUUCCGCUUCCAUUUUAAUGAGUUGGACCCAGAACAACAACUGGCAUUUCUUCACAAGAAUAAUCUCUGCUAUGACACAAUUAGCAGUGAGGAGAAGCUGAAGCUGAAGGAUGAACUUAUAAACUCCAGCUUUGGCGUCAGUGGAGUCAAGGUGAUGGAACACGAGUUCUACAAGGUGCCUUUUCAAGAUGCCCUGGAUCUUGUGCGACUGAGGAAAGUGUACCUCAAACAAGGCUAUGCGUACAUUCCCCAUCAGGAUAUUGUCACUAUUGUUCUCAAUGAUUUCCGCACAAAGCUGUCUAAAGCUCUUGCAUUGACAGCUCGCUCGCUACCAGCAGUGCAUUCUGAUGAACGGCUCCAACCUCUCCUUAACCACCUCAGUCAUGCCUAUGUGGGACAGGAUUACAGCAUCCAGAAGAAUGUUGGGAAAAUCUCCUUGGAUCAGAUUGAUUCACUUUCAGGGAAGUCAUUCCCAUUGUGUAUGAGGCAGCUCCACCAGUCUCUUAGAGAAAACCAUCAUCUCCGCCACGGAGGUCGGAUGCAAUAUGGUCUCUUCCUCAAAGGUAUCGGCCUGUCUUUGGAGCAGGCACUGCAGUUCUGGAAAAUGGAGUUCAUAAGAGGCAAAGUGGAUGCAGACAAGUUUGACAAAGCAUAUGCCUACAGCAUCCGCCACAUGUUUGGCAAAGAAGGCAAGCGAACAGACUACACCCCCUACAGUUGCAUGAAGGUGAUUUUAUCAAACCCACCCAGCCAAGGAGACCAUCAUGGAUGUCCAUUCCGUCACAGCGACCCGGAGCUGCUGAAGCAGAAGCUUCAAGUGUACAAAGUGUCUCCCAGUGGAAUCAAUCAGAUCCUGGAGCUGGUUAAAGGAAUGCACUACCAGCUGGCAUGCCAGAAAUACUUUGAGCUGACACACAAUAUUGAAGACUCAUCAUUCUCACUCAAUCACCCUAACCAGUACUUUCUGGAGAGCCAGAAACUUCUGGGUGGAGGCAAGGACAUAAAGAGAGAGAUGGAUGCCCCGCAGAGGUCACAGGAAAACUCCGCCUCCAAAGGAUCCACCGCAACUCAAGAGGUGGCAGCAAACACCUCCCAUCAUUUGGCCGAGAUGACAGAAGAUUUGGACUCUUUCUUUCAAGAUGCCUGAUUCUCAAACUUUUAAAUACACAUACAAAUAAUUCUGUAUCUCUGGACAUGCCCUGAAUUGUGCUGAAUCUUACAAAUUCCCUAAACUGUUAUAUUAAGUAUUAAAGUUGAAAAUCUGUCUUUCAGUCUUUUAAUUCCAGCAUAGCAGACUUUGGGAGAAAAAGUGAAGAAAAUUAAAGGAGUGCACCACAGUGCUCAUGGAAAGGAAAAAUAGAAAGAUUAUGACCAAAAAUUGCAUUAAAAAAUCUAUAAUUGAGACAGUAAGCUUUUGUAUUUUAUUGUCUAAAAAUGUUUUUUUCUAUUUUCUUUAUUGCAGGUUUUGAGUCAACCUUUCAAAAAUUCACACAGACGUUUCUUUUCUUUUUUUCCCGCUGUAUGAUAUUCUUUGCUCACAUGUCCGUGAUCCUGCAUUUAUUUCUGCGUAACCAUGCGUUAAAACUGCUCUCUUGGUUUGUUUUCUUUCUUUGUUUUUACACUGGUCUGAACUCAGAUGGCUUAUAUUCUCAGUGCACAGUAUUUUGGCAGAGACAUGGUUUGGGGGGUGAUGACUAGAACAUUUCCCAGCUGUCUCAAAAACAAUGUCAUUGUAUUUGCUGGCAGCAGUAUGGAUGAAUGGUGGCAGGAGGGCGGAUGAAAAUAAACAAUUUCCACACUUGUAUUAUGCUGCCUUGGAAUAUUGCCUCCUAGUGCACAAUGCAAUUUAUUCAAAGCAUACGUGGUCAAGAGAUAUUUCCUCUUGAGCCUCAGUUCAAUAAUUUGUUUAAAAAAAUAAAAAGGUGGCUGUCUAAAAGUCUAACCUUUUUGUGCUGCUGUGGAAUUAGCAACACAGACUCUAAUCUCGGUUCUUUAGGAGGUACAGUUUUGUGCUCUUAUCUCCCCUCAUACUAUGCACUUUACCAGACUGCUAACUUUGGAUCCAAUUAGAGGGACAGCAGUGUUAGUUUAUGAAUGUAAAUGCAUUUUUCAGGAGGCUGGAGGAAACAUUUGGGUCAUUUUGUGGAAACCUCAAUCUGUAAUUUAAUCAUAGAUGACUUUAGCCAAAUGUCCCUGAUGAUGACCAAAAACAUAAUAAUUUGUACCAUUAAUGCACAUUUCUCUGUUUCACGACUUCCUCUGGCAUAUGCAAAGCAUCCUGCAUCGGUGUCUCUCACUUUAAACAUCAGAGCGCCCGAGCUGCGCAUGGCUGGAAUUAAAUUAGGUCUUAAAAUCCAAGCAUGGUGCUUGACAUGGAGAGGAUUUAUUCAGUAUAAUAAGGCAACUGGAUAACAGUGCACAGCCGGGCUGCUGUCAGCAAGAGACCCUUGAUGUUUAAUAUUUGGUGGAGCAUGACUACAUCUGACAAAGCUGGCACUUUCUUAGACUGUGGGCAGGCAGUUGACUAGGACUGUGUUUAUCUCCUUCAAAUGGAUUUACAAUCAUUAGUCAUGAACUUGCUUUCGUUGUGUGAUUUGUUCUCUUCCUGUAGUCAUUACAUGGACCAGGGGUGUACUGUGGGGAUGGUGCAUUAUGCAAAGGGUGAGAAACAUAAUCCAAGAGGUAAUCGCAGCAUUUGUUUCAGAAGCCUCAUAUGGAAAGUGACGUCCAUGCCUUUAUUGCAGCUUUGUGAAUGCACUGCAAUCUGGAAAAUCCCCAAGUUCAUCUGUUUUCCAUUCACAGGCAAAUAAUAUUGACUAACACUUAAAAAAUUUAAAGAGGCACCUUAAGCUUAAACUAUGAGCCAGUUACAGAAAACAUAAAAAAAAAUACUCAAUUGUUAUUUGUUGGGAUGUGAAAGAGCACCACAGCGAAUCAAAAGGUUAUUCAUCAGUGGUAAUGAUUACUUCUCUGACUCUAUUGUUCAUUUCUGCUCAGCGCAUGAUGUAUCUUUUUGUCCUAAUGCAGCAUAAUUUUACCCAGGGGACUAAAUUUGCAGCAGUGUCAUUUGUUAUUCAGUACGCCUCACCAGAGGCAGCUCUGGUUAAUUUGGAGAUUUGUGUGCACGUAGUUUAUUUCUUUUUAAGGAUUAGAUAGCAUCUAAUA